AUGUUCUUAAACGAGAAGAGAAAUAUCAACCUGAAUGGAGCAAUCUUGUUGUUCUUUUACUUCUUUUGUGCUGUCUUUGCAACCAUUCAAUUAAAUCCAAUAGGUACAACACAAUCCAGCAACGCCGUGCCUUGUAACACUCGCCCUUCGAGUGAUAAUGGUGCGAACGCUUUGGUCGAGCAAAUGCGAGACCGCCCACCAAACGCUUACUGCGUUCAGAUCGAGUCUUGCACCAAACUAAUCACUCAAAAGCCUACCUUCCAAAAGUAUGAGACUCGUCCGUUCAGUGUUGGCGGAUUCAACUGGACCUUUAUCCUGGAACCGUUCGGGAACAAGACUAGUUAUGGGGAUUGGAUCUCUGCGUACGUUGCAAUAGACCCUUUAGGGCUAGUUGGAGAAACCCGUGAGGUUUAUGCUGCUCUCAGUUUUUUGGUCUAUAGUAAGACUUUGGAUCAAUACUGGACAUCUAUGGACACGGAGGUUAGACGUUUCCAUCAAUUCAGAACAACUUGGGGAAAUCCAACUUUCGUCCAACAUGGUGACUUUCAAUCUCCAAAUAGAGAGUACAUUUUCAACAAUGACCAAUGUGUAUUUGGCGUAGACAUCAAUGUUUAUCCUUACUUUAACAAAUGGGAGGUGUUAUCAACCGAUAAGACGGUCCACGAGCCUAACUCGUGGAAGCUUAUGCGGUUUUCGACAUUGGACAAGGACUUUUACACCUCCGAUGAAUUCUCUGUUGGAGGGAAAAGAUGGGCACUUAAGGUGUAUCCAAACGGUAAUGGCACUGGAGAAGGAAACUCGUUGUCUCUUUAUGUGAUACUUAGUGGAAAUACAAACUUGAAGCCUUAUGAAAAGGUUUAUGUUCAAGCAAAGCUGCGAGUUCUUGACCAAAAGCAAUCAAAACAUCUCGAAAAACCAAUUCUAUCAUGGUUCGAUACCCCGGGAGAUGGUUCUGGAUUCGAGCAAUUCGUGUCUUUGUCUGGUCUCCGAAAUCCAGCUAGAGGGUUCGUCGUCGAUGAUGCGUUAUCCGUACAAGUUCAAUUUGAGUCUCUCUCGUCUACUAAUUUUUAUUCUAGCAAUGAUGCUCAAUCUAUGAGUACUUUUUAA